AUGAGAUAUUUCUAUUUCUAUUUCUAUCUUUUUCUUCUUUCUUUAUUUUUCUCCAUCCAUUCUACUCAUCAGCUACAAUUUUCUCAAACUCAAGUCCUGUUACAGUUAAGAAAGUAUCUUCAAUACCCUACCUCCUUACAAGUUUUUCAGAAUUACAAUGCUGACCUUUGUACCCUCACUCCAUCUCAACAUUUGAGCAUUAAAUGUGAGGGCAAUUCAGUAACUGAACUCAAAAUCAUGGGAGACAACAACAAUAAACAUGGAAAGGUUUCCAGUUUCAAUGGCUUUGCAGUUCCAAAUCAAACACUUUCCAAAACUUUCUCUAUUGAUUCUUUUGUCACAACACUGACAAGGUUAACAAGUUUAAGAGUACUUAGUUUGGUUUCUUUAGGAAUUUGGGGUCCACUUCCUGAUAAGAUUCAUAGGCUUACUUUGCUUCAAGUUUUGGAUUUGAGCUCUAAUUUCUUAUUUGGUUCUAUUCCUCCAAAGAUAGCUACAUUGAUGAAUCUUCAAAUACUAACACUUGAUGGAAACUACUUCAACACCACAAUGCCUGAUUUUUUUCAACCUCUGUCUAGUUUAACUUUCUUGAGUUUCAAAAACAAUCAGUUAAAAGGCUCAUUCCCUUUUUCACUAUGCAAAAUCAAGAAUCUUACUGGUAUUUCCUUGUCACACAAUGAACUAUCUGGUGCACUGCCAAAUCUCACCGCGCUUUCGAGGCUACGUGUAUUGGAUUUGAUGGAAAAUAGUUUUGAUUCUGAGUUACCGUUGAUGCCGAAAUCGGUUGUCACGGUGUUGCUAAGUAGAAACUCAUUCACAGGUGAGAUUCCUAGUCAGUUUGGUGAACUGAGUCAGCUUCAGAAUCUUGAUCUUUCGUCGAAUCGUCUCAGCGGGGCUCCUCCGUCGUCGUUGUUUUCUUUAACAAACAUUAGUUAUUUGAAUUUAGCAAACAAUGUGCUAAGUGGUUCAAUUCCAAAGAGAGUGAAAUGUGGAAGCAAACUUGGUUUUGUGGAUAUUUCUAGUAACAUGUUAAGUGGAUUGCUUCCUUCUUGCUUGGAAAGUAUAUCUGAUAGAAGAGUUGUUAGAUUUGGUGGAAACUGUUUAUCUGUUAAUUCUAAACCUCAGAAUCAGAAUCAGAAACAUGGUUCUUAUUGUGAAGAAUCUAGUUCAGGAAAGAUGAAAUUUUGGAGAUGGGAAAUUGAUGCUGCAAUUGCUAUCAUUGUUGUAGUUUUUCUUUUCUUGUUAGCAUUUGGAGUUUUCUUUUACAGAAAGUGUCAUUCAAGAGAGGUUUAUAGGCAUGAGAUGCUGCCAAAGAUUGUUCAAGAUAAUAAUUCAACAACAGGAGUUUCCUCUGAACUCCUGGUCAAUGCAAGAUAUAUUUCUCAAAAGAUGAAGCUAGGGACACAAACUACUACAACUUGUAGACACUUUUCAAUUGAAGAGUUGAAAGAAAUCACAAGAAACUUUGAUUUGUCAGCUUAUAUUGGCGAAGGAUCCAUAGGAAAGCUGUACAAAGGUAAACUUGAUAAUGGAUCAUAUGUGAUGAUAAGAUCAAUGGCUCUGAGAAAGAAGUUGUCAAUACAAAAUCUCAAAGCUAGGUUGGAUUUACUCUCGAAGCUUCAUCAUCCGAAUUUGGUUAGUCUUUUAGGUCAUUGUAUUGAUGGUAGAGGAAAAGACGGUAUUAGUCCCCAGAAACUUCAUCUUGUAUACGAGUAUGUGCAAAAUGGCGAUUAUCGUACACAUUUGUCAGAAUUUUCACCGGAUAAGGCACUAAAAUGGUCUGAGAGAUUAGCAAUCUUAAUCGGAGUUGCCAAGGCGGUUCAUUUUUUACAUACCAGUAUAAAACCAGGUUGUUUUAGAAACCAAUUAAAGACAAACAACAUUUUACUCGAUGAAGAUCGCUUUCCCAAGCUAAGCGACUAUGGUAUGUCCAUAAUCGCCGAAGAGAUAGAACACAUCGAGGUAAAAGGAGAGAAACCAAAAUUAGAGGAUGAUGUUUACAAUUUCGGAUUCAUAUUGUUUGAAUCACUUGCUGGACCAAUUGCAAGUGAGAAAGGAGAAGCAUUUUUUCUUAAUGAAAGGGCAUCGUUUGACAGUCAUGAUGGUAGGAAAAGAAUUGUAGAUCCAGUAGUGUUGACAAGUUGCUGUCAAGAGUCUUUAUCAAUUGUAAUAUCCAUCACAAUCAAAUGCAUUUCUACACAAUCCUCGACUCGUCCUUCUUUUGAAGAUGUCCUGUGGAAUUUACAAUAUGCAGCUCAAGUUCAAGCCUCAGCAGAUGCAGAACAUUCUAUAUCAUAG